AGAGGACCCAAUCCUGUCAUUCACAUUACUGAAGGAGAAAGACUGCAGCUCUCUAUCUCCUAUUUCUUUCUUUAGUUUUUGGUUUUGUACUGGACAGCUGAAGGAUGUCUAAGACCCCAUCCACCACGUCUGCAGCCUCUGUAACCUCGGCAACGUCUGCAGCCUCUGUAACCUCGGCAACGUCUGCAGCCUCUACAGACAGCAAAGGUGGUAAAUCCUCCCAGAAGUCCUCGGCUCUGGUUUCGGAGUCGGCUCCCAAGAAGGUGUCUAAGAAAAGCAGAAGAGACAGGACAUGGAGAAGAUACACACCACCCUGCUCUGCAGCGUGUUUGGAGCGGAGAGAGAGUUGGCUCAAGCUGAGUUGGAUGAGCUGGACUUUGCCUUCAAGGAGUUUGACUACGACUGCGACGGCUACCUGAACUACAAGGACGUGGCAGAGUGCAUGAGGACCAUGGGCUACAUGCCCACUGAGAUGGAGCUUCUGGAAAUAGUACAACAGAUUAAGAUGAGGAUGGGCGGUCUGAUGGACUUUGAUGACUUCUGUGAGCUAAUGGGUCCCAGGAUAAUGGGGGAGACUGUUGACAUGCUGGGGCUGAAGGAGCUCAGAUCAGCCUUCUCUCAGUUUGACCAAGACUGUGAUGGAAAAAUCAGUCAGGAUGAGAUGAAGGAAGCGGUGAAGUGUUUUCUGGGGGAGAAACUGAAGAAAGGAGAGCUGGAAGAUAUCCUCAAGGAGAUUGACAUCAACGGAGAUGGAAGCAUCGACUUUGACGAGUUCGUCAUGAUUCUGUCCAUUCGAUAAGCGCUGGAAGACCUGAGAGGACGCUAUCGUUUUAAUGAAUCUUGUUAGACUAAGACGAGAUAACAUUGUAUGUGUGCAUCUGUGUGUACUACUACACAUGUACUACCAUUUAAAAGUUUGGGGUCACUUAGAAAUGUCCUUGUUUUUGAAAGAAAAGCAAUUUUUCUGUCCAUU